GACAUGGUAGCAGGAAACCAUUCCACAGUCACCAAGUUCAUCCUGGCUGGGAUCUCAGCGCAGCCAGAACUCCAACUACCCCUCUUCCUGCUCUUCUUGGGAAUCUAUUUGGUCACAGCGGUGGGAAACCUGGGCAUGAUCACCCUCAUUGGACUCAGUUCUCACCUGCACACCCCCAUGUACUAUCUCCUCAGCAGUCUGUCCUUCAUUGACCUGUCCUGUUCCACUGUGAUUACCCCAAAAAUGAUGGUGAAUUUUGUGAUGGAGAAGAACAUCAUCUCCUACCCGAAGUGCAUGACUCAGCUCUACUUCUUCCUCAUUUUUGCUAAUGCAGAGUGUUACAUGCUGGCUGUAAUGGCUUAUGACCGCUAUGUUGCCAUCUGUAGCCCCUUGCUUUACAAUGUCACCAUGUCUCAUCAGAUGUGCUUUUCCUUGAUUUUAGGGGUGUAUAUAGUAGGUGUGGUUUGUGCAUCAGCUCAUACAGGUUGCAUGAUUAGGAUUCAUUUUUGCAAGUUGAAUGUGAUCAACCAUUACUUUUGUGACCUUCUUCCUCUCCUAAAACUCGCUUGCUCUAGUACAUAUAUCAAUGAGUUGUUGAUUUUAUGCUUUGGUAUAUUUAACAUCUUUGCCCCAAGCCUCACCAUCCUUACCUCCUACACCUUCAUCAUCGCCAGCAUCCUAUGCAUUCGCUCCACUGAGGGCAGGUCCAAAGCCUUCAGUACUUGCAGUUCCCACAUCUUGGCUGUUGCUGUGUUCUUCGGUUCUGCUGUAUUCACGUACCUGCAGCCCUCAUCAGUCAGCUCCAUGGACCAAAGGAAAGUGUCCUCCGUGUUUUAUACCAUUGUUGUCCCCAUGCUGAACCCCCUGAUCUACAGCCUGAGGAACAAGGAUGUCAUUGCUGCCCUGAAGAAAAUGCUAGAGAGAAAAUUAUUCCAGUGA